UAAACAAAACUCUAUAUAUAUGUGACCCUAUCCUCUCGCAUUUCAUCACAAAUCUACGUACAUUUGCAAUAAUGAGAUUACAUACGUUGUUAUUUUCUUCAUUGUUUUUAUCCUAUGCAGUGGUUCUAGCCACAGCUGUGCAAUGUGGCGAGGGAGCCGGUGGUGCUUUAUGUCCUGGUGGCAUAUGUUGUAGCAGAUGGGGCUAUUGUGGCACCACUGACAUCUACUGCCUCGUGGAAAAUGGUUGUCAACUUAAUUGCACUGAUGGUGACUCUGGUGGUGGUGGCGGUGGCGGCGGAGGAGGCGGAGGCGGCGGCGGUGAUGGUGGUGCUCUUGGUGACAUUAUAUCGAGGGAAAUGUUUGAAGAGAUGCUGCCAUAUAGGAACGAUCAUCGUUGCCCAGCCGCUAACUUCUACACCUACGAUGCUUUCAUAGCUGCCGCAAAGUUGUAUCCGGAGUUUGCGGCGACUGGCGAUAACGACACUCGGAAAAGGGAAGUUGCUGCUUUCUUAGGCCAAACUUCCCACGAAACUAACGGUUGCCCUCCAGGUUAUUGCGAUAAUAACCCAAAUUAUCCAUGUUAUGCUGGUGUAAACUAUUGUGGCCGCGGUCCCAUUCAACUUUCUUGGAACUAUAACUAUGGCCAAUUUGGAGAAUCCAUAGGACAGAAGGAGGAGCUUUUACAACGCCCUGAGGUGCUGAAAACCAAUGUUACAAUGUCCUUCAUGUCUGCUCUCUGGUUCUGGAUGACUGCACAACCCCCGAAGCCAUCGUGCCACAGUGUGAUCACCGGAGAGUGGACACCUUCCGCUGGCGACAUAGCCGCUGGUCGGCUUCCAGGGUACGGUGUGACCACAAAUACUAUCAAUGGCGGCUUGGAAUGUGGUCAUGGUCCAGACGAUAGGGUAAAGCAUCGAAUUAAUUACUAUGAAAGGUACUGUAACAUGCUUGGAGUUAGCUAUGGCCCCAACCUUGAUUGCUACAAUCAGAGGCCUUUCAACUGGGGUCUCUUACUGGAGUCUAUUUAUAUAGCUUACGGUGUCUGAAUAGUAGAUAAGCACUUUCCGCAUUGAAAUAAAAAAGACAUAGAACAGUGUUGUUCUUGAUGCUAUAUAUAUAUAGAUAUAUAUAUGGACAAUGUGUUCUAUGCUUAAUUAUGUGAAAAAAGUUGUGUUUUAAAUUUUAUGUAAGCUUUAGCAGAAGCAUAAUAAAAUCUAUGCUUAAUCCUUAAUUUAUUACAUUAAUAA